AUGAACAACAGUGAUGAUGUGAAAGGGAAGAUAUUGAGGAUGAAGAAAUUCCCCAUGGAUCUUCGAGGGUUUCCAGAGGACAACAUCACUCUCUUGAUUCAAGAGGAAGAUGAAUCACGAACCUACACUCAGCCCACUAAGUUCAACAUUCGAGCCGAGAAAGCUGUAUUGAUUGGAUUGAAGCACCCAUGGAUGAACAAUAGUGAUGAUGUGAAAGGGAAGAUAUUGAGGAUGAAGAAAUUCCCCAUGGAUCUUCGAGGGUUUCCAGAGGACAACAUCACUCUCUUGAUUCAAGAGGAAGAUGAAUCACGGACCUACACUCAGCCCACUGAGUUCAACAUUCGAGCCGAGGCAUGUCAUUUAGUUGAGCAUGCUAACCCAGGUGACACCCUCUUCAUCCACAUCAUCGCCCAUGGCUGCUAUCAAUUCUCUAUCACUAGCUCUGAUAAACAAUUCAUCGGAGAUGAUCAUUUCAGGACACUUCUAAACAUUGCCUGCAGUAAGGGUUGUACCCUGACAAUGGUCUCUGAUUGCCUAAUUGAACCUGAUGCUGCUGAAAAUUCUGUGUGUUGUAGUAAGGGAAUUCCAACAUAUGUACGAGGAGACUCAGAAAGAUUUUGUGUAAAGCACAAUGUUCGCUUUGUCUCUACCGAUUAUAAGGGUUUUACACCCACCGGUUUGUAUCCUGUAACUGUUCUGAAGAAGGUGCAUAUGUUGUCAGGGCUUUUAAAGUCCAUUUUUCCAAUGAGGAAGAGCAGCAUUCCAAAUUCAUGUGUAAUUCUCUUCAAUGCUUUCCAAGGUGGUCAGAUGAAGGCCAUCUUUCCUUUCUACGAUAUACCCGAAUUGUUCUUUCCCCCACUAGGGGUAGCUUCUUCCACAACCACUACUCCUCCUAACCAACACAGGUUAUAUGGGGGUUUUACCACUACCAUUCUUGAUAUACUUGAAGAGACUCAUGGACAAGUUACAAAUGUCGAGCUAUUUCAAAUGGAAAUGGAAAAACUUAAGAUGCAGGGCAUUCGUCAAAAACCGGGACUGCAUUCCAAUCACCACCACCAUGCUGAUGCUCCUUUUUGUUCAGCUGAUUAG